AUGUCUAACACUCCGUCCCGAUCUUACAUCUGUGUUCGCUGUAAGAAACCCAUAGGCCGGACUGUGCAUUAUUGUAAAGUAUGUCUUAAGGAAUUCCAUCCAGGUUGCGUUGACUCUACUAGUCACAAAAUAUACGACUCUGACAACCAUCUAGUGAGAUGUAAUGGCCCCUAUGACAUUUUUGAUGUACAGUUAAGUGAAGUUAGUGAAAGUAUAGAAGAAAGUGCGAGUAAUAGAGGUAAUAAUACGGAGCAUGUGAGUAUUGACAUUGGUAAUACUGAUGUAAAUAUUAUGACGAAAUUAGAUAAUAUUUGUAAUAAAAUUGACAGAAUGCCUACAGUUAACGCUAAUGUUAUAAAAGAGAUGAUUAAAACAGAAGUAAAAGAGAUUAUAAAAAUAGAAGUAAACAAUCAAUAUACGAGACUUGAAGAAUCUAUACAGCACACAAUAAAACUCGAAAUAAAUAAGAUUACUGCUGAAUUAAAAAAUCAGUUUAUAAACAAUACUCAAAAUUCCCAGACUACGACUAAUAAAAAUAUAAAUAGUUAUAGUGAAAUUACUAAAAGGAUAUCUACCACAUCGAAUGUGGAGCGUAUAGUUGUAAAACCAAUUCAAGUUCAGGAUACAAACUUAACUAUUGAUGAAUUGAAGAAUAACAUAGACAUUGUCAAACUAGGUGUCGGUGUCCAAAAAGUAACAACUCAAUCAAAAGGCAAAGUUUUGAUUGAUAUUGAGAAAGGGUCUGACAAGACUAAACUGAUCAAUGAAAUUCAAAACAGUAUUGAUGAGAUAGAAGUAUUAAUCAAUGAAAUGAAACCUGAUAUACUAUAUUUUUGUGAAACCCAUGUAACUAGUGAUGUAUUAGACUGUGAAAUUGACAUAAAAAAUUACAAUAUGAUAAGAACUAACUCAAACAAUAGUCGAACCGGUGGAACUAUUACGUAUGUAAAAGAAAAUAUAAAGUAUAAAGUGGUAUUAAAUAAUAAUGAAUCUGAAGUAUUGUCAACUCCAAAGGUGUCUGAUCACAAUAUUAUUUUUAUAGAGAUAAACCAUCUAGAUAUUGUUGAUAAUAAUAAAAUAGUGUUCUCUAGAAGCUUUAAGAACUUUACUGAUGAUAUGUUUCAAAAAGAAAUCUCGGUGAGAUUUUGUAAUUGGAAACCUGAGCUAGCUGUGCAUGAUCUUAAUAAUAAUAAUAAUAUUGAAGCAGAUAUUUUAAACUAUAAUCUAAUGGUAGAUAAAAUUAGCAAUAGUGUAUUAGAGGUAUUUGACAGCAUAGCACCAUUUAAAGAAAUAUCUAGUAAUUGUAAAUGGGGUAACAAACCAUGGAUUGAUAAGGACAUUAUAAAAUUGAUUAAGGAGAGAGAU